AUGUGUGGAGUUGGAUGGAUGGACUGUGAUCAUGAACAAAUGAUACAAAAAUUCAUAGCAAUAUCAGAAAAUGCAUUGAGAAAGAUUCCUAAUAUUGAUAAUGAACAUUUAGAGAGACAUCAAAGUUUUGGAUCUGGUGAGAGUUUGAAACAGCAAUGCAAUGGUGGUAUACAUUCUAGUGAAUGGGCUAAUGUCCAUUGUGGUAGUAAUACCACUUUCCACAUGGCAAUUGGAGGUGCUUUUGAUGAUUUAUGUUCUCUUAUGGAGGUGAAUGCUCUAGCAAUUGAUGUGGUGGAUUG